AUGACGAAGGCCACGACGACGUCCGCGAGGCAGCUCGAAGGUUGGCAAGCCCGCGAGCGCCACGCAGCGCAAGGAGCCCAAGACGAAAAGCGCAGCCUUGAUAAAGUCUCGUGCCCCGAUGGGUAUGGCUGCACCGCGACGCGGUCGCAACCGAGUGGGGCUUCCGAACCGGACCUAACGACAUCACAUUGGGUGCAGGAAGCGCUCGAGGGCCUUUUGACCAGAUUGCGCAUUUUUGACACCAACGGCGAUCGGCAGACCACCCAGCUUGCGCACGAGUAUGAACAUGCGCGACUAGCCUCAAGACUCGCAGUACAAGCGCAAGAAAGUGCAUCGCGCUGCGUCGGAGCCGAAGAAGUCCUCACGCUGGCACGAUCGAUUCAAACCGCGUCCAACCCUGGCGACAUGGAGCCUUCGUUCGUCUGCUUUGGUCUCGUCCACGUCUGCUUCGGCCUCGCCCACGUCUCCUCCGGCGUCACCCACGUCUGCUUCGGCUUUGCCAAAGCUAAAGUAGACGUGGGAGACGUCGGAGCAGACGUGGGCGACGCCGGAGCAGACGUGGGCGACGCCGGAGCAGACGUGGGCGACGCCGGAGGAGACGUGAGCAAUGCCCGGGCCUGA